CAGUACAGGCAAGCUCUCGCUUAGUGCAGCACGGACAUAGGCACAAUGCUGAAAUUAACCCUUCUCGGGAUUAUGUUGGGAUUUCUGGGGGAACGAAUAUUUCAAUUCAGUCAUAGAGCUGGUGUCUUUAGAAAGUUAGAACCUAUUGAUCUUCCCAACUGUCAUCUUGUGAAAGGCAGUGAGUGUGGCUCAGAAGACAUUCAUGUUCUUCCCAAUGGACUGGCAUUCAUUAGCUCUGGCCUGAAAUUUCCUGUGCUAAAGAGCUUUGCACCCGACAGACCUGGAGAAAUAUUGCUGGUAGAUCUGAACGAUGACGUCCUUCACCCAGAACCACUACAGCUGAGUGAGGGCAUUGAUGCAUCUUCAUUUAAUCCUUAUGGGCUCAGUGUGUACAUUGAUGAGAGAGAUGGCACGGUCUACCUUUUUGUCGUAAAUCAUCCCAUGCCUGACUUCAAAAGCUUUAUUGAAAUAUUUAAAUUUGAUGAGAAGCAGAAGGCUCUACUACAUCUGAAGACCAUAAAACAUCCAUUAUUGCAGAGUCUGAACGAUAUUGUCGCUGUGGGACCAGAGAGCUUCUACGCCACUAAUGAUUAUUACUUUGAGAGCAUUUCUUUAAAAUUUGUAGAGGCUUUCCUUGGAUUAAGUUGGGCAAAUGUGGUGUAUUACAGUCCUGGGGAUGUCCAAGAAGUGGCAUCAGGACUCUACAGUGGCAACGGAAUCGCCAUAUCGAACGAUAAAAAGUUUAUCUAUGCUGCUGACGUCACUGCUCACACAAUCAAUGUCUAUGAGAAACAUGCAAACUGGUCCCUUACUCCUGUAAAGGCAGUUGACUUAGGUACUUGUGUGGAUAACCUCUCAGUGGAUCCAGUUACAGGGGACAUCUGGACAGGCGCACAUCCAAAUUUAUGGAAACUGUUCUUUUACAGAGAUGAAGAUCCCCCUGGGUCAGAGGUUAUCCGCGUACAGAACAUUCACUCAGAUCACCCUAAAGUGACCCACGUUUACGUCAAUAACGGCUCUGUGAUUCAGGGGACUUCCGUGGCCUCGGUGUACAAGAAGAAGCUGAUUAUAGGAACCAUAUUCCACAGAGCUCUGUACUGUCAGCUGGAUUAA